UCCCAGUCACUCCUUGCUACACCCACCUACAGCGCGUCUGGUCUACGCGCGAAUCACACUCUUUCAGUACUCAUAGUGCUUACAUAGCGACAUAAUCCGCCGAGAUGAAGUCAUUCGCCCUUUCCACGGCUGCACUUAUCGCAGGCCUUAUCUCUACGACUACUGCGCAAACCCAUACCAACUGCUACCCUCUCAACACCACAGGAUGUCCAGACAUGGAGGCGCUCGGCGGAAACGUCACCUUCAACUGGAACAAGACUGGCAUCCCGAACGAUGACAAGGUCUGGAAGAUGCCUAACCAGGGCAAGAUCGACUGGGUCGAGAAGGGUGCAACCUUCACCAUUGAGCGAUCGGGCGACUCCCCCACAGCGAACUCGGUGUUCUACAUGCUCUUUGGUCGCCUCGAGAUUGUCAUGAAGGUGGCCACGGGCACGGGUAUCAUCUCCAGUGCUAUCCUGCAGUCCGAGGCGCUCGAUGAGAUCGACUGGGAGUUCCGUGGCGACAACAAGAUGAUCUUGACCAACUACUUCGGCAAGGGUGACACGACGACCUACGAUCGCGGAAAAGACUUCGACCAAGGCUUCAACCCACAGGACGACUUCCACAACUACACUAUCGACUGGAGAAAGGAACGCAUCGAGUGGUGGGUCGACGACAAGCUCGUCAGGACACUCACCCCCAGUGAGGCUAAAGAUGGAACACGGUACCCGCAAACGCCUAUGAACGUCCGCCUUGGUUCAUGGGCUGCUGGUGACCCCAACAAGAACGACCCUGGUGUUGUCGAGUGGGCUGGUGGCAAGACAGACUUUACCAAGGGACCAUACACCAUGACGAUCCAGUCUGUCUACGCGCAAGACUACACAAGCGGCGCUGCGAAGUACUCAUGGGCUGACAUGGAUUCGUCUGGUGACUGGGAGAAGGUCAAGGUCAUCGAGGGAAAAUCCGAGGUGCUCGAAGAGAUCCAGUCUCCCCACGGUGUCAAGAACCGAUUCGAAACCCUUUCCAAGGGCGCCAAGAUUGGCAUCAUUGCUGGUGUCCUCGGAGCUCUAGCAAUUGGCGCAGCUGUCUUCCUGUUCUGCUGCAUCAAGAAGCGUCGCGAAGGCAAGAGAGAGCACCAGGCUCUCCUCGCUGAGGAGCAAAAGGAGGCUGCGGAGCUCAGCGAGUACAAGGCUCAGAUGCAAGCCGGCAGGUUUGCCAUGGGGUCCAAUAACCGCGUCUAAGGCUCAUUGCGAGAGGAGAUGUUGGAGUUGCGGAUAUACAAUCUCUUUAAUAGGAUGGGGUUUUUUCCUUGCAGCUGGAAGGCAGCUUGUUGAAUAGAGGCUGUUGUUCCCUUGUUAUGUCAGUGUUACGAUCAGUUGUUUUUUUGUUUCAUGCAUGCUUUAUAUACCCUUGCGCUGCUUUCGUCGACCAAGGCUAUACUGUAGUGCCUAGUUUGCAAUAUACCACGACUUGAUGUCGCGCGGUUAAG